AAAAUGUGUUAAUCAAUCUUUUACUUUUGUUUCCGGAUCUGACAUGGUGGCCCACACAAUCUACAACAUUAACAAAAAGGUCACUUAGAGAUAAAACACGUUUGACAAGUGAAGAACAAGGCAAGUGCUUUAGGGGUCGCGUCCAAUUCCUGACCUGGACUCCGACCAGAACAGGCGCUGAUCCUGGAAGGGGUGGGCGAGAGGAAGGACUUUCACUUUCUCGCCUUUAUAUCUGCUGAACGAAGUCCUUUUUCUUCCCUCGAAACACCGAUCUCCCCCAGUCCCUUAGAUGGAUCAGAUAGCCUUUAAUGAUCUUCUCUCCUUACGAGGUAGACAUAAGGCACGUUUUCCUAGAUAUUCCUCCCCCCCCCCCCGUAAAGCGGUACCCUUUAAAUCCUGCAGCCAAAAAGUUCAUAUGCUCACUGGAUGACAAAGUAAGGCUGCAGUAUGAGAGUGCGAAGAGUUUUUUUCCAGACCAGCUUCAUUCAGGUGUCCUACAUUAGUCAAGACUGUGAAGAAAUUCCAGAAUUUCUGGGAAGAAAAUAUGGACAUAUGGCAAAAAGACUAGAUCUUAGCUUCAACUUGUUAAGGCUUCCCUCCCUGCAUCUCUUCUUUAUCUUCUGGGGAACAUCCUUUCUGCUUCAGGGUUUUCUGUCCUUUGAGCAAGAUUUGUGCAUGACAGUGAAGAUGCCGGACCUCAGGAUGAUGUCAGUAGAAGGACUGAAAACAUUCAGUUACUUGGAAGAGCUGAUCUUGGACAACAAUCUACUCGGAAAUGACCUUCUGUUACCCAGGUUACCCUACCUCCAUACCUUAACGCUCAACAAGAACCAAAUAACAGAAUUAGAAAGCCUUUUGGAUCAUUUGGCUGAAGUUGUGCCCUCACUGCAGUACCUCAGCUUGCUUGGAAAUGUGGCCUGCCCCAAUGAACUGGUCUGCAAAGAAAAGGAUGAAGAUGACUACCAGAGGUACAGAUACUUCGUUCUGCACAAAUUGACAAACCUGAAAUUUCUUGAUACUCGGAAAGUAACCAGGAGAGAGAGAGAGGAAGCUCUGGUGAGAGGUGCCUUCAUGAAAGUGGUUAAACCUAAGGAUGCUAAGGCCUCUGGCGAAGCUGCCUCCCUCUCUCCAGAAAUGAACUAUACACCUCUGCCUUCGGGAUCCAGGGACCUCACCAAUCAUAGAGGCAUUUUGGGAAAAUGUCGCUACAUUUACUAUGGAAAGCAUUCCGAAGGCAACAGAUUCAUCAGAGAUGACCAGCUAUAGAACACAGCGCUCUUUUGUGCCUCUUCAGUCCCUCCACAUGAGAAGCACAAAUUGCAUCUAAAUUUUAAGCAUGUAACUAAAGUCCUCUAGUGCCUUCUGCUGACUUUGCCAAGCCUGUCAAGAUCAUCCUUCUAUCUUAGUCUGAGUAGCCACAUAGAGAUUGACAUGAUUGCCUUUAAGCAGGUCCCAUCCACCAGUGUGACAGACAGCUGCAGCCGAGCACCCAGCCUGACAGGAGGAGCACCGUGAUGGAUUGCCUGGUCCAAUUGCUGCUCGCAGAAGAGCAGGGGUCACACCUGGGGCUUCAGUGAGCAUGCUCCAUCGGUCGGCGCCUUAGCAAAAGCAGCGCAUUUAUCUCCUGCUCGCCUGUUGAGCAAGAGUGGCUGGUGAUAUCAAAGUGUUUAUAAAAGAGAGAGGCUAUAAUUUCAGAUGAAAAAGCCCCUUAUCUGUUCUAAGUUUUUUUCCCUGUGAAUUAAGUGCUUGUGUUUCUAUCAUCUCCUACAUGCUCACACAAAUCCUCUUCGUAGAGCAUGCUUGGUUUUUCCACAAAUGAUCCUAUAUGGAUUAUUCUUUCUUUCAACAGGGAAAAAAAUCCUGAAAAUAUUUCAGCUAUGCAAAGUACUAUCAAUGUGUAUUUUUGAUUAUAUGCAAAGGAAAAGGGUUUAAACAAUUUCACAGAUAAAAUUUGCUAAUUAUUAAAUUACAUCUCAACAUUUGCUUACUCUGACCUUCAGAAAAUGGGUCAUUUUUAAUAAUGUAGUAGUUGCACAAGGUUGUCUGUCUACUUGGAAAAAGCCCUCAGUUAUGAUAUUGACAGUGUGCAUUAUUCCUGGUUUAUUGCACAAGGUAUUUUUAACUUGUGUAGAGAGUGCAUUUCAAAUGAAAUGCUUAAAUUUGGAAUGAAAAAAGAGCUUAAAAAGAGGGAUAUAAAAUAAAAUUGCCACCAGAUGGGUAUGAUUACUCAGACGGGAAAAAAGACAAUAAAAGUAACUGGUGGAAUUAACAUGAUUAACAGCUUUAUUAAUAUAUUCUAGAGAAAAGUUCUGAUUAAUACCUUUUGAAUUCUAUAUAAGGGCUACUGUCAAGUUUUCAGUGAAAAACCAAGAAUGUGUAGCAUAUUUCCUGCUUGUCUAUGAAACAGGUUGGACAUGCUUAAAAUCAUGAACUUCUUACUGUGAAAAAAGGAUCCCAAUGCCUAAUAAAUAUAUCAUCACUGCUAGUUAUGAUGUGAGUGAUCUAGGAAUAUGGAAAAAUUCUGCCCUCUGUUCCAAACCUAUCCAUAUUGGUCCUAGUUGAGAGUCAUCACUGUUUGGCUGUUCUUGGUUUGUUUGAAAUUACUUGAGGCUCCUAAUUUAGAAGUUGCCUAAUGUUUUUGGCCAUUGUCACGGCUGGUGUUGCAUGCGGACGUAAAUGGAUAUGGAAGCCACUUGUAAUACCUCUACUCAUGUCAUAGAUGGUUACCAAUGAAAUGCCAAUUCAGCUUAGAAAUCCUGGGAGGUAUUAGAUAAAGGAAAAAAAAUGAAAAAAAAAAAUGCCUUUUUUUUUUUUUUUUCCACAAAAGUAAUUAUUAGAAGUAUUUUGGGCAUUUGUAUUCUCUCUUGGUUACCAAAAUAACAGCAAUUCUAGUUUGUUCAUAUUAUUUUGUCUGUUUUGAAGCCUCCACAUACUUUGGCUGUGGCAUAUUAUAGGCAGCAGGGUUCUGCUGGGUGUUGAGAAUAACCUCAUGUCACUUUCAGUCUGGUUGCAUGUAUGUUCUUGUCUUUAUGAAAGGCUUUAACCCUGCCUCAAACAAUAAACAGUACUUGCAAACUGACCGCAUGAUUUUUCCAUCUUUAUUUUGCUUGUUUACUUUUCUUAAUGUCAAAACCAUUUGUAUCAUUUUCAGGAGUGUUUUGUUCCAUGCAAGGCUUUGGAGGCAAAAAAUAUUUUUGGAAUGAGAGAUGUGAUCACAGUCUCAUCCAUUUUGGUUUCUUUUUUCACUUGGAGGAUUAUAUACCUAUAGUUAAAUAUGAUAAAGCCCUAAUUACAAGUUGCUCAAAGGGAAUUGAAAUUAAAUGUCACUGAUUCUGGAAAAGCAAAAGGAUAAUAUAUGAAUAAUUAUUUUAUAUUGCUAACAAGUGUUAGAGUAUUGUUUAAAAACUAGUGUGUGUGGAUGUUUAUAACUGUUUAUACAAACAUAAUUCUUUUUUAGCAUGUGGAGCAUUUUCAAGUAUGUUUGCUUCUUCUGGUGUUGUAAUCCACUGGUUAGCCUAAGUGGGUUUAGCUAAAGAGAAGUGGGCACAAACAAGAGUUGAAGACAUAUUUAAACACCUGCCUCUUGAAUGCUGCAGUGGAAAUUCAUAACAGGUACAAAAAAUAAAUAUAUAAAAAUGUGCCUUGCCAUAUAUGCAUUUAAUAUUUGUAAAGCUCUUCACUUUUUUCUUUUUUCCUCACAUUGUACAGUGUCAGAAGAUAGAUUUAUUCUGUAUGGAUUAUAAGGAAAGCCUGAGCAGAAGUCUGUCAUUUCUUAAAAGCCACACAACCAGCAAAUCACGAACACACACCAAAAUAAAAUAAUAAAAAGAAACAAAAUAUUGUCUGUUGUUAUGGAAAAUUAUCUUCAGUAAUCUGCUGGACCUUUAUGCUGGACAUU